AUGUCAAAUGAUACAAAAAUGAAAUUUGUUAUUUUCAAAGAUAGAGUAACUAAAUUUGCUGAGUGGGUUGAUAAUGAUAAUCCAAAAAAUACAACUAAAAAAUAUAAAGAAUAUAUAGAAAUAGUAUUAAGUACAACACCAAAAUUUUUUGAAAGGAUGUAUUGUAUGUUUUAUCCAUUAGAUGAACAAGCCAGAUGUGUAUUAGAAGAAGUAGUUUCAUCAAUUGAUUUAUUUAGAAUGAAAGAAUCUCCUUCAUUCACUGAAUUAAGAACAGUGGUAAAUGAAAUAAGACCAGAUCUAACUCCACUAUUAAAUAAAUUUCUUAAUUAUCAAGUAAUUUAUUGUAUUCGGCACAUACCACUUAUAUCUGAAUUUCUGAAUGAACUAAAACCUGAGGAAUAUAAAAUAAUACAAGAAAAAUUUCAACAUUUCUUAAAGAAAACACAAUUUAUUGUAAGAACACAAAAAUUAGUUGAUUUAAUAAGUCAAACAUAUGAAAACUCUCCUAAAUUAUCAACUAAUUUUACAUUUUCUGAUAUUCAAAAGAAAUAUCAAUGGUCUGAACUCAGACUACCUAUCACUGAAAUUGACUUAAAACAUACUAAAACUAAUGAAAUUGAACAAACUAUUGAACCAAACGUAAUAAAAGAAACUAAUGAAAUUGAACAAACCAAAAAACCUAAAUUACCUUUAUCACUUAGGAAAGAAUCUGAUAUUAUUCAACCUAAACAAAGUGUUUCUACAAAGGUAUCUUCUAUUGAUCUAAGUUCUGUUACUCAAAUACCUUAUAAAGAUAUAUCAUCAAAUGUUGAACAAAUUAAAGAAUUAAGAUAUUUAGAUAUCGACUGUAAAGAAAUAACUACUGACCAAAAAGAUGAACAAAUUGAUUCACUUCUAAAAUGUAUUAAAGAAAAAUUAAAUCAAAACAUGCAAUUUUCUGAUACUCAACAAACAGAAGAUGUUUUAAAGAUAUUAUCUUCACUUUUUUAG